AUGCGCGGUGACGGUCAUAGUACUAGCGGAAAUAAUAACGACAGCGACAGCGACGAUCGUGGAUCCAACAACAGCAGCAGCAUCAGCAACAGUGAUACCACCAACCCCUUCAUCCGCUUCCGGCACCACGUCGACGCCAACAUCCAUUCCGGCCUAACCACCCUGCUGGCCACGGCCCGCCGCGAGCCCUCUUCCGCCGUUCCGGGUUCUCGUCCGGAGAAUCCUUCUUCUUUUCCUUCUUCUAACACCACACCCACAAACAUCUCAUCCACACCCAACCUUUCCUCGUCAAACAUGGAUAAACCCACACCCACAUCCAUCUCUACACCGACCCUAACCCCAGCCCAAACCCAUCUCGAGUCCCGUCUGGACGUCCUGCGCGCCGGUACCCCCGCCGAAGCGAGACUAGGCUGGCACUUGUUUCUCACGCGGUCGGCCUACUCGCCGUUGGUGCUGGAGCGGGAUGGGACGUUGCCUGGGCCUGGAUUUCGGGGACGGUCAACGGGUGGACGUGGACGAGGACGGGUUGGAUGGGAGGGUGAGGAUGGUGAUGAUCAGAAGGUUGUAGAUGGGGAGGGCUGGUUGGAGGCGUUUGAAGAUUUGAUGAGGGUUGAGUCGGGGCUGGGGUUGAGGGAGAUACCCUCUUCCAAGAGGGAUAGGACCGUAGAUGGGUUCGGCGCGUUUGGAGUAUUUGGUAGUGGUGGUAGUGGUAUCUGGGACCUCUCCCAUCACAGCGGCAUCCACAACAACCCAUGGCUCACCCGCCAAGAACUCCGCGAAGCCGCCUGGCUCAACCGCAUGCAGUCCCACGGCCUGACCGAAGUCCUCUUCCCCGUGUACGACCCUGGCCUGGGGUAUGCUUCACCGCGGACGGCUGCCGAGUGGGCCGAGCGCCGGCGGACGGAGCAGCAAUACCGGGUGCAGCAGCAGGAGCGGCAGGAGCGCGAGGAGCGCGAGGCCGAGCAGGCGUGGGAGGAGCUGGUGGGUGCUGGACGGCGGGUAGUAGAGGAGGCGCGCCGGGAGGCCGAGAGGGAGGCUGAGGCGUGGACGGAGGAUGCGAAGAAGGGGGUGAGGAGGGAGGUGGAUGCGUGGCGGGAUUUUGCGAAUGAGAAGGGGGCGUCGUUGUUUGAUGGGAUUGGGGGGGUGGUGAGGAUGUUGGGGAGGGUGUUGGAGGAUGAGGUGAAGGCUUUGGAGAAGUUCGGGAAGGGGGAUGGUCAUGAUCGGGGCAAGACGGAGGAGGGACAGCAGCAGCGGCAGGACCGAGCUACGGAGAAGAAAGCCAAAGUCGAACCAGAAACGGAGAACGACCUGUACUCGGCUGUCGAGUCCGCGUUUCACCAGUCGGAGCGGUCCCUCUCCAACUUCUUCAAGUCCAUCGCCGAGGGCCAGCGCAGUAGCAAUCCUACAACAAUAAAUAGCAACAACAACAACAACAACAAUAACAAUCAACGACCCAACCCCGACUCGUCCACGCCCACAGUCAGCACCACCGAGACGGUCGAAGACGGCCUAACCAAAAAGACCACCACAGAGAAGUUUGUCGACAGUCGUGGGAAUACACACUCCCAGACGGAGACGACGUGGACAGAUGAGCACGGCAACGUGGUCAUGAAGCAGGUGCAUAGCACCGUGGGUCGGUCAGAGCGUUGGGGGCAGAGGUUAGAGGAUGGCUCGUCUGGGGGAGGAGUUGAAACUGACGAGAAGAAGAAUGCCACUGGUGAACAUGGGGGACAGCAACAACAACAGCAACGACAACAACAAAAUAAGGAUGGCGGGUGGUUCUGGAAGUGA